UCCUGUUUCUCCCGUUCCCAGUUCACCAGAAGGAUGCAGUGGAGAAGGAGGCCAAGGUGAUCAUUCUGGAGGCUGGAAUCACAGAUAGAAGCCAGAUAAACCAGAUACCUACCAAGUACAGCACGGCCGAGUCCACCAAGUACAUGAUCCUGACAGUGGUGUCUAUCCUGUGUAUCGUGGCUGUGCUGCUGGCCUCCACUGUGGUCUACUGCCUCCGACACCGCUCUCACCACAAGCUCAAGGAGAAGCUCACCAACCUGGGAACAGACACAGGCAGCGAUGCUACCUCCACCUAUCAGGAGCUGUGUCGUCAGCGGAUGUCGGUCAAGCCGCCGGCGGAGCGUCCAGAGCCGAUGCACAGUGUGUCGUCACGGCUCAACAGUGUGUCGUCCCAAUUCAGCGACGGGGGGCCCAUGGUCAGCCCCUCGGCACGAAGCUCCACCUCCUCCUGGUCUGAGGAACCCGUCCACUCCAACAUGGACAUCUCCACUGGACACAUGAUCCUGUCUUACAUGGAGGACCACCUGAAGAACAAGAAUCGUCUGGAGAAGGAGUGGGAGGCUCUGUGUGCGUAUCAGGCUGAGCCCAACGCCUCCACUACAGGCCUGGGGGCCGGGAACACAAAGAAGAACCGCUCCAAUGCUGUGGUGGCCUAUGAUCACUCAAGAAUUGCCUUGAAGGUUGAAAACAGCCACAGCAAUUCAGAUUACAUCAAUGCCAGCCCAAUUAUGGAUCAUGACCCACGGAACCCAGCCUACAUCGCUACUCAAGGCCCUCUUCCCUCCACGGUGGCUGAUUUCUGGCAGAUGGUUUGGGAGAAUGGCUGUGUGGUCAUUGUCAUGCUGACGCCCCUCACUGAGAGUGGAGUCAAACAGUGUUACCACUACUGGCCUGACGAGGGGUCCAACCUCUACCACAUCUACGAGGUGAACCUGGUGUCGGAGCACAUCUGGUGUGAUGACUUCCUGGUUCGUAGUUUCUACCUAAAGAACAUGCAGACCAACGAGACUCGCACCGUCACACAGUUCCACUUCCUUACCUGGCUCAACCAGAAUGUCCCUGAGUCCAGUCGGACACUCCUGGACUUCCGCAGAAAGGUUAACAAGUGCUACCGGGGAAGGUCUUGUCCUAUAAUAGUCCACUGCAGCAACGGCGCCGGGAGGAGUGGAACAUACAUUCUGAUUGACAUGGUUCUCAAUAAGAUGGCUAAAGGUGCUAAGGAGAUUGAUAUUGCUGCCACCCUGGAGCACUUGAGGGAUCAGCGGCCGGCUAUGGUCCAGACAAAGGAGCAGUUUGAGUUUGCAUUGACAGCUGUUGCGGAGGAGGUGAACGCCAUACUCAAAGCUCUUCCACAGUGAGAGGUUGACCCACUACCAAGCCUCAGCAGACCUCCCCAGGGAUCUCCCUCCUGUUCUCCUUCUCUCUCCCACGCUUUCUUUCCCCCACUCCUUCUCUCCACCUCUCUGUCUUUGUGGAUGUUGUGCGAGAGAGCGUGACCUGAUCUUAGUUGUGUAUUUAAAAAAAAUCGAUUGUGAACCUAUGGAGCUUGUUUCCAAACAGACAAUUUAGUGCGUCAAGACUUUUACUGAUUGAAAAACAUGUUAAUCUGUUAAGUUACUAGAAUAUAUCAAUGACAGAAAUAUUGUUUUCGUGUGUGUGUAAAUGAUGAUGUUGGCCAUAACAUCUGUAUCAUAUGGCAUAUUUAAGUUAAAAAAAUGUUUUUACUUUGAUCCUAUUAUGCGGUGUACUAAAUCAUACCAUGUAAUGUAUAUUAAAAGGAAAACUGCUUAAUUAGGUCAAGUGAACACUGAUAACAAUGAUGCUGAUGUUAAUUCUAGUUACCAUAGUGAUAAUUACACCAAGCAAUAUGUGUUUCUUCCGCUUGUCCAGACCUGGACAAGUAAUUGUAUGUUGUGGACAACGAUUGUGAGUAAACUUAACUAAUGUCAGUAAACUAAACUAGCUAAUGCCUGCCUCAAGUAAAGCAGUUCUAUGAAUUGGUGUACUGUAUGUACAAUGAAAACGAUAUUGUCAUUUUGUAAAUAAAGCAGAUCAUCUAAUCUAGGGUCUGGAUUCAAUCCGUAUCGCCAAAGUAUCACAGAAGAUCUGGGUUAAAAUGUAAAGGUCAUUUCUAAUUUAGCUGACAUAUGCAGCGUUUACCGUUAAUGCAGUUUUACCGUGAAUGCAGUCUCCGCAACCGCGGGAACAUUGCCUUUAAUUUUCAAUCAUGCUAUAAAGUGGAUCAUCAGUACGGAUUGAAUAAAGCCCUAGAUGUACAUGUAGCAUCAAUGGCUUAAGUGUGAAUAUAAGCUGCCACUGGAUGUCCCUGUGUCUUAUUAACAACUGAGUCCAUAUCUGCGUUCCAAAUGGCAACCCUUUCCUUAUAUACAAUAGAUAACUUCUUUUGACCAGAGCUCUGGUCAAAACAAGUGCACUAUGUAGGGAAUAGGUUGCCAUUUUGGAUGCUGACCAGGCAGGUUUGUCUGCACUACAGGAGUACUGUCAGCUAAAUAAUAAUAAUGAAUAAUAAUAAUAAUAUAUGCCAUUUAGCAGACACUUUUAUCCUGUACAGUCACGCGGGCAUACAGCUCUACCCCAACACUUUCUGCUUUGACUAGACUCAUGCCAUUAGAUCACAAAAUCUUGUGUCAAGCUUUCAUGUUUGUCCAUUGGAUUCUGUGUUUUGUACACCCAAUAUUUUCUGAAUUGCAGAUGAUAUGACCUGUUUUUUUAGCAUACACUCGCACAUGGCUAUUUGAAACUAUUAUUCCCCAAAUGUAUCUCCUUCAGCCUCAAAAUAUAUCAUGUCACCAUGAAGAAAGCCAAGGAUAUGAUUUACUAUUUACUUUGACAAGCCAAGGAUAUAUAAUCAUGCCAUUUGAGACAUUCAUUUCUGAAGAAUAGUAGUGCAAGUACAGAGGGGAAGAUAGUGGAUUGUUAUAUUACAUAUUGGCAUAAACUUAUUUUACCUAUCACAGGUGCUUCCAAAAUGGCACCUGAUUCCCUUUCUAUUACACUUCUUUUCCUUUGGUCCCUGGUCAAAAGUAGUGCACUAUAAAGGGAAUAGGGUGCCAUUUGGAAGGCAUUCAGAGUUCAAGCGGGGCAUGUUAUGUGUCCCAUACUGUCACCACUGCAAAAAGCUUUCAACUAAUUUAUUGCAAGAGCUGGCUGGUCUGUUCCAUUGAUUUGUAUAUAUAUGAUUAUUAAAAAUAAAAAUAAAAAAAAUAUUUUGUUCUAUCAGUGAAGAUAAACUAUUGUGAAUAAAGUCCCAUUAUUGAUGGCGUGUUGUAUUGCAA